GUGAAUUCAGAAGAUAAAAACAAAGGUUGGGAUUUUGGGAUAAAAAUAAAUCGCUUUAUGAUUUUAAAGACAUUCACAACAAAGCCACGUGGGGGAUAAAGGACGUGACGUACCGGAUCAAACCGGAAAUCAACACAAACCACAGCUGGAGGUUGUUUGGCUUUUCUUGUCUCUUCUCUACAGAUUUAUCGACAAGAUGACGACAGCCUGGUUGGGGAGCGUCGUGUCGAUAAACUGCGGGCUGACGUUGGGGGUCUAUCAGGGGUCGGUGUCCUCUGUGGAUCACAGCAGCCAGACUAUCUCUCUGAAGCAGCCCUUUCACAACGGGGUCAGGUGCUCCCUCCCAGAGGUCACGUUCAGUACCAGUGAUAUAAAGGAGCUGAAGAUCCUGAACUUCCAGAGUACCGUCAACCAGCCCGGCUGUGGUCCGGACGCAGCAGCGGAACCGAGCCUAAUCCCUGCAGGACGUCAGAGUCACAGAGCCCCCCCCUGCAGCAGCUCGGCUCCAAUCAGCAUCCUACGCAGAGGUCAGUCAAACGGCAGAGGGGCGACGCAGGCCGCACAGAAGAAAAGCGCCGUGAGGAAUGGUGGCGCCGGAGGUCCGAGGACGAGACUGGAUGAGUGCUUCGGAGGCGGGACGGACGAGAACAUGGACUUCGACUUCGACUUCGAGGGGAACCUGGCUCUGUUCGAUAAAGCCGCCGUCUUCUCCCAGAUCGCCGGCAGCAGUAGAGCGCAGCCUCCGGGCUCACAGGGCGACCAGCAGACGUACCGCCACGACCAGAACAUCCUGGAGGUGAAGCCCAUCGUUUACCGACAGAUACAGGUGCCGCAGCACGGGGGCACAGAAUACUGUAGCGACUCAGGCCUGGUGGUGCCCAGCGUGACCCUCGACCUUCAUAAGCGUUUGUUAGCGGCCGCAGAGCGCUGGGGGCUGUCUGUGGAGCGCCGGCUGGAGAGCAUCGGGGUUAGCGCCAGUCAGAUGGCCCUCACUCUUCUGGGCGGACCAAACAGACUCACCCCUAAGAACGUGCACCAGAGGCCCACGGUGGUGGUCCUGUGCGGGCCUCACAUGCAGGGGGCGCAGGGCAUCAGCUGUGCGCGGCACCUGGCCAACCACCAGGUGGAGCUCAUCCUCUUCCUGCCCAACUGCCUCAAGAUGCAGGAGUGUGUCAGCAGCGAGGUGCAGCUGUACAACCAGACCAGCAGCCAGCAGGUGGCCAGGGUCAAAGACCUGCCUCAGAGCCCGGUGGACCUGGUCAUUAACUGCCUCGAUUGCCACGAGAACCCGCUGCUGAGAGAGCACUCCUGGUACCAGUCAGCCGCCGACUGGGCCAACCAGAACCGGGCUCUGGUGCUGAGCAUCGACCCGGCAGUCGGUACCCAGCAUCAGACCGUGGACACCAAAUGGACCCUGUUUCUGGGCCUUCCUCUGGCUCAAGCGGCGACAGAGAGCCAGGUUUACCUCUGUGACAUCGGCAUCCCUAAACUGGUCUUCCAGGAAGUGGGAAUCCGCUACCACUCGCCCUUCGGAUGUAAAUUUGUCAUUCCUCUGCACACGGUGUAGCAGAGUCGCACACUGAGAUUAAAGUCUAGAUUUAUGAUGGGAGGGGUCUGGGGUCCCACUGUGGGUACAGGUACCUUGAUAUCUGAAGCAAUAGCCUCAGAGCAACAUGAUUCCCCCCCUCUGGAAACCCCCGGGUCUGUUUGCGCGUGGCAGCUUUUGUUUUUGCGAGGGAACGGCUUCCUGUCCGUCUCCGUGUUGUGAUAAGCCUCUGCGUGACGAGGUGAACAUGUUUACAAACCGCUGACCACUGUGAGCCUAUCGCUGACCUCUGACCCUGCUGCAGCAGAGACACACUUCCUGUUUCCUCCUCCUCCUUCAGAUUGUGAUCCUGACCCCGGGACCCUGCACGACUGCCAACGCAAAGCUGACACUCAAAUGGGCGGACUCGCAGUGAUGUAGCAUGUUGUUCACUGACAGGGGAAUGUACGUUUGUAUUUAUUUUGGGGACACAUCUCAGGGACAAGGAGUGCCCCAUGGUUGGACUUUAUAUUUGCAUUUAUAUCACAUCUUUCUGCACUCUGGCUGAAAAUGGAAAGUGUUAGCAGGCUCUCCUGGGGAUUAAUUUUCAAGCACACAUUCCACGGAGCAAAAAACAUCUUGGACCAAGUUAAUCUCCGGGGAUUAUAGCUAGUUUGGUGUAGAGAAAACUAAUGAUUUAUCAUUAAACAUCAGACUCACUGGUGGUCAGCUGUUAAACCUCACAGCAGCAGACUCUACGGGUAAAAGGAGGAAAGCCUUAUUGUUCGUGGCAGCUAUGCACUUCUGAAAUGAUGCUGGGAUCUUCUUUAGCAGCAACAAUACAGCACUUCAAACCUCAGAGUCUGGAGUCGUGAGUUAUAAAAGAGCUUGAAAGGCUCUUGCUUAUGGUGGGGUCUUUCACCCCAAAUUGACAAUUUGGUAUCACCUUCCCACGUUAUGCUUCCUUUAGUUCUUGAAAAACAAAUCUCCCAUACUGCACUUGGAAUAGAAAUAAAGAGAGUAGAGUUUGUAGUAACUGGAUGCUGCUCUUAACAGAAAAACGUUCCAAAUACAUGAAUUUUCCCUGAAAACCUCACUAUUCAAAACACUCUUUUGCAUGAAGAGUGAAAGAUUUAGCUACUCUUCGGUGUGUGUGUAUUAAGUGUGCUAUACUGUAUAGAUGAGACCAGGGUUAUUCUCCGUGAUUUGUGUGAGUUUGAAACUGUUUUUUACCUUAAUUCACCCAGACUCUGUUUCUAAAUGUGUAAUUCAACGAGGAGAAUUGCCGGUUAAAGAUAAAGUUUUCUGUACAAAUUCAAGGUAUCACUGAAUGUAUAUUUUGGGUUAAGUAUUCCUUUAACCAACGUCCACACUCUAGACUUUAAAGCAGCAAAUGGUCUGUGAAUUACCUGAUGAAAGGGCUGAAUGGUA